AUGGAUUUCAGUACAAACCUCCUCCGCCCAGAGCAGCACAUGAACGGGAACAGCAUGCAGAAACAUGUGCAGGUGCGGAUGGAUGAGAGCCUUAUGGAGCCCCAGAAGGAGGACCCCAAGGGUUUCUGCUCCAACGUCUGUGACAAGAUCAUGAAGAACAUGGUGCUGACCCUCACCAUCCUGGGUGUCUUCAUGGGCUCCAUCUCAGGAAUGCUCUUGCGCCACAUCUCGCCGCUGCCCGCAGAUGUGGUCAUGGUCAUCAGUUUUCCUGGAGAGAUCCUCAUGAGGAUGUUGAAGAUGCUCAUCCUCCCUCUCAUCAUCUCCAGCCUGGUCACAGGUCUGGCUGGAUUAGAUGCCAAGUCCAGCGGUCGCCUGGGCACUCGAGCCAUGGUGUACUACAUGUCCACUACAGUGAUCGCUGCGGUGCUGGGGGUGGUCCUGGUGCUGGUGAUACACCCAGGGAACCCCAAGAUGAGGGCGAACAUGGGCCAGGGCAAGAAGAACGAUGACGUGUCCAGCGUUGACGCACUCUUCGACCUCAUCCGAAACCUGUUCCCUGAGAACCUGGUGCAGGCCUGUUUCCAGCAGAUCCAGACUGUGAUCACUAAAGUUCCAGUGCCCACCAACCGAACCAGAGCACCUCCACAGUUUACCAUCAAGCGGACGCUGCAGUUCAAAGGAGGCAUGAAUGUUCUGGGCCUGAUCGGAUUCUUCGUCGCCUUUGGCGUCAUCAUGGGAAAGAUGGGCGAACGAGCCAGUCUCAUGUUGGAUUUCUUUAACGUGCUCAAUGAAAUUGUCAUGAAGCUUGUUGGCGCCAUCAUGUGGUACUCUCCUCUGGGUAUCGCAUGCCUCAUCUGUGGGAAAAUCAUCUCCAUCGCAGAUCUGGAGGUGGUGGCUAGGCAGCUGGGAAUGUACAUGGUCACUGUCAUCGUGGGCCUCAUCAUCCACGGUGGUAUCUUCCUCCCACUCAUAUACUUCGUCAUCGUCGGAAAAAACCCCUUCAAGUUCUUCAUGGGCAUGUUCCAGGCCUGGGUCACAGCGCUGGGAACCGCCUCCAGCGCUGGUACUUUGCCGGUCACAUUCCGCUGUCUGGAGGAAAACCUGGGGAUCGACAAGAGAGUGACCCGUUUCGUGCUUCCUGUGGGCGCCACCAUCAACAUGGACGGCACGGCGCUGUACGAGGCUGUGGCCGCCAUCUUCAUCGCUCAAAUGAAUGGCAUCGACCUGGACUGGGGGCAGAUCUGCACCGUCAGUGCGACCGCCACUCUGGCCAGUGUAGGAGCUGCCAGUAUCCCCAGCGCUGGCCUGGUCACCAUGCUGCUGAUCCUGACCGCGGUGGGGCUGCCCACUCAGGACAUCAGUCUGCUGGUGGCAGUCGACUGGCUCCUCGAUCGCUUCCGUACGUCGGUGAACGUGAUAGGGGAUUCUUACGGAGCUGGAAUCGUGUACCACUUGUCCAAAGACGAGCUGAACAGCUUUGACGCUCAGCAGAGAAUGGAGGAUUUUGAAAUGGAUAAGAAUAAGACGUUCUUCGAAAACAACAGCAACCAGAAUGCAUACGCACACCACAACUCAAUCCUACUAGACGACUGCAAGGUGGGCUACGGCUCAAACGGUAAGACGGACUUCUCCUUCAUCGAGGAGGGGCCAUGGAAGUGUGAAUAG